AUGGAUCAAGCAACAUUGGCAGAAGUACUCCAAGUAGCCAAUAAGAAAGUUAACGCCAAGCUGGAGGUUCAACCAAUGGCAAAAUAUGGUCAUAUCAAUCGUUUAAAUUCUCUACAAGACCUAACUGUUCAAGCGAGUUUAGGUGAUAUUUCAAAAUUGCCUAAAUCACUCAAAGUAUUAUUGGAAAAUUUACUUAGAUUUGAAGAUGAUCAAACCGUGAGGGAAAGCGAUAUUCAGGCGAUUGUCGAUUGGCAAAAGAAUAAAACUUCAGAUCAAGAAAUCCAAUAUCGCCCUGCACGGGUCUUGAUGCAAGAUUUUACUGGCGUACCUGCUGUGGUAGAUUUGGCUGCGAUGCGUGCAGCUGUACAGAAAGCCAAUAAAGAUCCCAAUUUAAUUAACCCGUUAUCUCCAGUGGAUUUGGUCAUUGACCAUUCUGUGAUGGUGGAUCACUUUGGGACAGAUCAUGCCUUCGAUGAGAAUGUCGAAAUUGAGAUGCAACGUAAUGGAGAACGUUAUCAAUUCCUCCGCUGGGGGCAGUCUUCUUUUGAUAAUUUUAGUGUAGUACCGCCCGGAACAGGGAUUUGCCAUCAAGUCAAUUUAGAAUACCUAGCUCAAGCAGUGUGGCUGGGUGAAAGUGAUGGUGAGGUAUUUGCCUUUCCCGACACCUUAGUCGGUACAGAUUCACAUACCACAAUGAUCAAUGGUUUAGGUGUAUUGGGUUGGGGUGUGGGGGGAAUUGAAGCCGAAGCGGCCAUGCUUGGACAGCCGAUUUCAAUGUUGAUUCCAGAAGUGAUUGGUUUUAAAUUGACAGGGAAAUUGCGUGAAGGGAUUACCGCAACGGAUUUGGUUUUAACCAUUACUCAGAUGCUACGUAAAAAAGGCGUGGUGGGUAAAUUUGUUGAAUUUUAUGGUGAUGGGUUGGCAUUUUUGCCUCUUGCAGACCGAGCAACCAUUGCCAAUAUGGCACCCGAAUAUGGUGCAACAUGUGGCUUUUUUCCGAUUGAUGAAAUCACUCUAGGGUAUAUGCGUUUAACGGGUCGUAAAGAAGACCGUAUUGCAUUGGUUGAGGUCUAUUGUAAAGAACAAGGUCUAUGGCGUCAUACAGGGGAUGAACCUGUAUUUACAGAUGUGCUUGCUUUAGAUAUGGGAACCGUUGAAGCAAGUGUUGCUGGCCCGAAACGUCCGCAAGAUCGAGUGGCAUUGCCUGAUAUCCCACAAACUUUUAGUGCCUUAAUGGCGCUGGAUCUUAAGCCAGCUAAAGGUGAAGAAAAAGAACGUUUAGCCAAUGAAGGUGGUGCAGGUACAGCAAUUGAUUCAAAACAGUCUGCUUUACAAAAUGAAGAACCGCAUUGUGUGAUUGACGGUAAGCGCUAUCCAUUGACGGAUGGUGAUGUGGUGAUUUCUGCGAUUACUUCAUGUACCAAUACCUCUAAUCCAAGUGUGAUGUUGGCUGCGGGUUUGUUGGCAAAGAAAGCCAUCGAAAAAGGCAUUCAACGUAAGCCAUGGGUGAAAAGCUCUCUUGCACCAGGCUCUAAAGUGGUAACCGAUUAUUUAGAAGCGGCAGGGUUAAUGUCUUAUUUAGACCAGUUGGGCUAUAACCUCGUUGGUUAUGGUUGUACCACAUGUAUUGGUAAUUCAGGACCUUUACCUAAACCGAUUGAAGACGCUAUUCAGUGCCAUGACCUGAAUGUUGCGUCGGUACUUUCAGGCAACCGAAACUUUGAAGGGCGGGUACAUCCACUGGUAAAAACCAAUUGGCUUGCAUCACCGCCUUUGGUGGUUGCGUUUGGUUUAUUGGGUACCAUUCGUAGUGACAUUACCAGCACAGCAUUAGGGCACGAUCAACAAGGUCAACCAGUAUAUCUCAAAGACAUUUGGCCGAGUCAAAUCGAGAUUGAUGAGGUGCUGCAAAAAGUUAAUACAGCGAUGUUCCAUAAAGAAUAUGCUGCAGUUUUUGAUGGUGAUGAAAAAUGGCAAGCAAUUCAAAUCUCUGAUUCUGAAACCUAUGAAUGGGAUGAAAACUCAACGUAUAUUCGUCAUCCUCCGUUCUUUGAAGGUAUUGAUCAACCCGCGAAACCAAUUAAAGAUAUUCUUAAUGCAAAUAUCUUGGCCGUUCUUGGCGACUCAGUCACAACAGAUCAUAUUUCUCCUGCGGGGAAUAUUAAGAAAGACAGUCCAGCAGGUCGUUAUCUAGAAGCGCAAGGUGUCGAUCAAAAGGACUUUAACUCUUAUGGAUCUCGUCGUGGUAAUCAUGAAGUGAUGAUGCGAGGAACCUUUGCUAAUAUUCGUAUUAAGAAUGAAAUGCUCAAUGGCGAAGAGGGUGGUAAUACCCUCUAUAUCCCGACAGAUGAGAAGUUAGCCAUUUACGAUGCUGCGAUGAAGUAUCAGCAAGAUGGAACGCCGUUGGUCAUCAUUGCAGGUAAGGAAUAUGGUACAGGCUCAUCACGUGACUGGGCGGCGAAAGGCACCAACCUUUUAGGAGUAAAAGCGGUGAUUACUGAAAGUUUUGAACGAAUCCAUCGUUCAAAUCUGGUUGGUAUGGGGGUUUUACCGUUGCAAUUUGUGGAUGGUCAAACUCGUCAAUCACUUAACUUAACUGGGCAUGAGCAACUGUCGAUUUAUGGACUUUCUGAUGACAUACAACCACAUGAAAGUUUAGAUGUGGAAGUUAAACGUGUCGAUGGUUCAAUAGAUCGUUUCAAAGUGUUAUGCCGUAUUGAUACUUUGAAUGAAGUGGAAUAUUUUAAAGCAGGUGGUAUUUUGCAUUAUGUGCUGCGUAAUUUAAUCGCUUCAUAG